UGUCAUAAAUGAUCAUCCGUGGUUAUUGAUGGUUACCGGCAACAAUUAUUAUAAAUUAAACUUCACGAAUGAUUAGCGAAACAAAACUGUUGUAAACAAAUAAAAUUGAAGAUUUUUAUAAAAGCUUUAAUACGUAAUUGAUAUUAGUUUCCCUGCUGUUUUUGAGCAAGUGUAUUUUAAUAAUUAAAAAUGACUGCGUUUGAAGAGUUCGGUGUUCUACCUGAAAUCGGAAAAGCGGUUGAAGAAAUGGAGUGGACGCUGCCUACUGAUGUGCAAGCUGAAGCUAUUCCUCUAAUAUUGGGCGGUGGUGAUGUGCUUAUGGCAGCUGAAACGGGUAGUGGUAAAACUGGGGCAUUUUGUUUACCAAUAAUACAAAUUGUGUAUGAAACCUUGAAGGACAUAUCAGAAGGAAAGGGAAAUAAAAUGGUGAAUCAAAGCUCACCACACUGCCUGCUAAGUUUCUUUGAUCGUGGUGAUGCCUUGGCUGUUACUCCUGAUGGUUUACGGUGCCAAUCUCGAGAAUUUAAAGAAUGGCAUGGUGGUAGAGCUACAAAGGGAGUUUUUGGACCUGGUGUUUAUUGUUACGAAGCUUCUGUAGCUGACGAGGGUCUUUGCCGAAUAGGCUGGUCUACACAGCAAGCCACUUUAGAUUUAGGCACUGAUAAAUUUAGCUUUGGCUUUGGAGGCACUGGCAAAAAAUCUAAUUCAAAGCAGUUUGAUAAUUAUGGUGAAUCUUUUGGAAUGCAUGAUGUCAUUGGAUCACUAAUUGAUUUUGAUAAAGGCGAAAUUAGAUUUUAUAAAAAUGGUAAAGAUUUAGGAACAGCUUUUGUUCUUCCAAAGAAUUUAAAAAGUGAAUCCUUUUUUCCAUCAGUCGUACUAAAGAAUGCUGAAAUGUCAUUUAAUUUUGGGGCUACUCCUUUCAAAUACAGUUUUCCACAAGGUGCUAUUCCGAUAGCGAAUGCUAAAAAUACUAAAACCAAUUGCGUAGGUCAAACAUCAGUUUCAUCGGGUGAUAACUCAACUAGAAUACCUGAUGCUCCUAAAGCAAUUAUUGUGGAGCCUUCCAGAGAAUUAGCUGAGCAGACAUUUAAUCAAAUAAUCAAGUUUAAAAAAUAUCUAGGAGCUCCUGAAGUUCGAGAACUUCUUGUCAUUGGAGGUGUAAGUGUUAAAGAUCAAAUGUUUGUUUUGCAAAAAGGUGUUGAUAUUGUAGUCGGCACACCUGGUCGUUUAGAAGAUCUCAUUCAAGGAGGAUAUUUAGCUUUAACUCAUUGCCGAUUUUUUGUAUUAGAUGAGGCAGAUGGUUUAUUGAAGCAGGGAUAUACUGAAUUAAUAGAAAGAUUACAUAAGCAAAUACCUAAAAUAACAUCAGAUGGCAGACGUUUGCAAAUGAUAGUUUGCAGUGCAACACUUCAUGCAUUUGAAGUUAAAAAAAUGGCAGAAAAGCUCAUGCAUUUUCCUACAUGGGUCGAUUUAAAAGGUGAGGAUGCAGUUCCUGAAACUGUUCAUCAUGUUGUUGUGAUGGUUGAUCCUCAGAGUGAUAAAAGUUGGCACUCAAUGGGCAGACAUAUACAAACUGAUGGUGUUCACUCUAAAGAUAAUGUUCGCCCUGGUAACAACACUGCUGAAACACUUUCUGAAGCUGUAAAAAUAUUAAAAGGGGAAUAUUGUGUUCGUGCUAUAAAGGAACAUAAAAUGGAUAGAGCUAUUAUUUUUUGUCGUACCAAGAUAGAUUGUGAUAAUCUAGAAAAUUAUCUUAAGCAAAUAAAUUCUAGAGAAUUUUCUUGUGUGUGUUUGCAUGGUGAUCGCAAACCUCAAGAGCGCAAAAGCAACCUUGAAAAGUUUAAACAGCAGUUAGUUAAGUUUUUAAUAUGCACAGACGUUGCUGCAAGAGGACUUGAUAUUACUGGAUUGCCAUUUAUGAUUAAUAUAACAUUGCCUGAUGAAAAGUCAAAUUAUGUGCAUAGAAUUGGACGUGUUGGAAGAGCUGAGCGUAUGGGUUUAGCUAUAAGUUUAGUGUCAAGUGUUCCUGAAAAAGUAUGGUACCACGGGAGCUGGUGCUCAUCCAGAGGCAGAAACUGUUAUAAUACUAACUUAACUGAAAAUAGGGGAUGCUGCAUGUGGUACAAUGAGCCACAGUAUCUUGCUGAAAUUGAAGAACAUCUUAAUGUGACAAUACAGCAAGUAGAGAAAGAUAUGAAAAUUCCUUGUAAUGAAUUUGAUGGAAAAGUUACAUAUGGAGAGAAGAAGUUAAAUAUGGGUACUGGUUACAAAGAUCACGUGGGUCAAAUGGCACCUAUAGUGAAGCAACUUGGAAUACUUGAAAGUAAAGCGCAAUUGCUUUAUUUAAAACACAUGUCAGAUGGAGAAAGGAAAAAAUAGAUAUACAUAUAAAUAUAGUGAUGG